AUUUAUCAGAUGAUAUUGAUUUUUUUCACGGGAAGUGAUUGUUUUAAAAUUUCCCGUUGUGAAUUGACAUCGAUUGAUUCACUUAAAUAGUUAGGACCUAGCAUUGACGCAACAGUGUUGAAUGAUUGAGCCAAGGAGUGAUAUUACUGGAGCUGCAAACUUCCGCAAAGAAGCCCUGAGUUUUAACUCUAACGCAACCAAAACAUUUCGUAAAAAGCUACGAAGGGGAAACAGAUUGGUAAUCGAUUGAUAAAGGAUCAAAACAACUCUUCUGUCAUGAGCAAUACGAGUUCUGAGUUUAUCACUUCGAAAUUGUCUCGGUCUAGUAUCAUAAAACUGAGCGUGGAGGUGUUUAUAGCUCUCUUUGGAAUAUUUGGAAAUGUUUUAGUAGCAGUUGUUGUGAAAGGACUGGGCAAGAAGAAAACGGCAACUGACUUCUACCUUUUAAACUUGGCCAUUGCAGAUCUUGGAAUUUUAUUGAUAUCAUUUCCGCUGGUAGCCAUCAAAGAAAACGCUCCGACGAACUGGCCUCUUGGAGAGUUCGCUUGCCUCUAUUCGUCUCCAUUACCUGAAAUAUUCCAUGGAACUUCCGUGUGGUUUAUUGUUGUCAUUGCCAUCGUGCGAUACCGGAAAAUAGUUAUUCCACGAAAAGCGAUCAAGAACAGAAACAAAUUUUCGUUGAAAUACACCAAGACAAUCGCUGGUUGUAUUUGGGUGACGUCGUUUUUAGUUUUCAGUUUACCAUUGUAUUUUGUGGUAAGUUUUGGGCUGCCUCACGGCGGGGCCGCAAAAUGGUGCGGGCCAAUUUGGCCUUCUUUGUUUUUUGCGCAGUUGUAUUUGUGUUUAAUGACCACGUUUGGCUAUAUUAUUCCUCUUGGUGUCAUAUGUUGGACUUAUCUUGCGAUAUCACGAGCAAUAAACCAUAGUAGCAACUUUCUAUACGCCAUGAAACGGGGCCAGAAUGGCGCGGAGGCUAAUCUGCAAGAUGCUGUAACUAGCGUUCAAAGUAUUCGUCUGCGUCAAAACAAACGCGCAAAGAAAAUCCUAACACCUGUCGUUGUUGUAUUUGCGAUAACAAUGUUUCCUUUAACUAUUCUUCGCCUCACUCUCGCGUUUUGGCCAUCCCUUGCGACGCAGGAUUAUUACGAAAAUACAUUGUUUGCAGUGACAUUAUUUGUGAUAACAAAUUCUUCCGCAAAUCCAGUUAUUUAUUCCAUAGCGAGCAAGUCCUUUCGCAAAGGGAUGACGAAUCUAUAUCGCAAAUGUCUUAUGAAAUGUCUUUGAACAUACUUAAUUAGAAAAUAACAGGCUUAUUUGCUACAAGGUUUGACCUACCCGAUAUUAAUUAAAGUAAAUGUAAAUGAAUUGUAACUUGUAUGGUCUUACUUUACGAAAUGAUUGUGACAAUUUGUCGCUGCGAUUUCGCAGUGAAGCGGAAACUAAGUGAGUAGAGAACAAUAUGUAAACAAUGUUCUUGUCACCAUUAAGCAAGGAAGGACAUACUAAUUAUUUCGUCGUCAUAUUUGCAUGUAGUUUGCGUAGGUUGAUUUCAGAAAACAGAUAGAAAGGUUGUAAUAGAUAAGUAAUUAAGCAUUCUGAACCAGAAUUGGCUGCUGUCUCGUAAGAAAAAGCAAUCUGUACCACUUAAGGCAAAAAUUGUUGCGGAAGUCAAACCGCAACGUAUUACUUCAACCUCUAGUUUCUUCUGACGGAUACAACGCGCGCUGUCAUUGAUUGAAAGAGCGCGCUCUAUGAGAGUAUAGAGCAUAGAGCUGAGCAAAAGCUGUUACGCCAGGAAACACAAAUAGACAUUCCGAGUUUUAAAGAUUUUUGCGCUCAGUUAUUUUGUAAGCUUACGUACGGUAAUAAAAAUCAAACACAGCUAA